CAUCAGCAGAAUUAAAAUAAACUCAUGUUGGUAGUCUGCUCAUUAAAGCAUUGCUUCUGCUAAUUUAAAAUUCCUUCAACUUCCAUUCUCCGAACUCAAAUUGUCUUCCCUUCACAUUCUUUCUCUUUCUUUUUCCCUUUUCUUUCCACCUAGAACAAUGCUAACAGCCUCUGUCCUCCCCAACUAUCAUUCUUCUCUUCCAGACUGAGUCUUGGUCUUGGCCUCCUGCAUCCAUUAUUUUAUUUUGCGAAUGUUCUUCGAUGCUGAACUUAUUUUUCUUCUAUAUAUAUGAAGCAAGGUUAGUGCAUUUGUGGGCACAUAAAGCUGGAAAAAGGGUAUGGCUUCUCCUGUUCUGCUUCAUGGAAUACUCCAUGUCACCAUCUUUGACGUCAAUCGGCUUUCUGGUCCUGGUUGCUGCAGGUUUUUUUGCAAGAUGCUGGAAAACAUUGAAGAGACUGUGGGAUGUGGAAAAGGUUUCUCUAAAUUAUAUGCUGCAAUUGAUUUAGAAGGAGCUAGAGUUGGCCAAACUAGACUGUUAGAACAUGCUCGUUCUGACCCAAAAUGGCACCAGUCUUUCCACAUUUACUGUGCUCAUAAGGCUUCCAAUGUUGUAUUCUCUAUCAAAGUAAAAGAUCCCAUUGGAGCAGAAGUGAUUGGAAGAGCUUACCUGCCUGCUUCCGAACUUUUAAAUGGGAAAGAAUUAGAUACACGGCUUAGGAUCUUGAACAAGAACCAUAAACCUCUACGUAGAGGUUCAAAGAUUCAUGUCAAAGUACAAUUUUUUGAUGUAAGUAAAGGAAGUAGCUGGUCUAAAGGAAUUCCUGAUCCUACAUUUCCAGGCAUACCUUGCACAUUCUUUCCCCAACGAAGUGGUUGCAGGGUUACCCUUUAUCAAGAUGUUCAUGUCCCAGAUGAAUUUGUCCCCAAGUUCCCUCUUGCUGGGGGCAAGUCCUAUCAUUAUGAACCGAAUCGAUGCUGGGAAGACAUUUUUGAUGCCAUUUCUAAUGCAGAACAUUUUAUUUACAUUACAGGCUGGUCUGUAUAUACUAAAAUCACUUUAUUGAGGGACUUGAGAAGGCGAAAAGAGGGAGAAGACAUUACUCUUGGAGAACUACUGAAGAAAAAAGCUGAUGAAGAUGUUAGGGUCCUAAUGCUAGUUUGGGAUGAUAAAACAUCAGUAAAGUUAUUAAAGAAAGAUGGAGUAAUGGCUACACAUGAUGAAGAUACUAGAAGUUACUUCCAUAAUACCAAAGUCCACUGUGUUCUGUGCCCUCGAAGUCCGGAUAACAGGAAAAGCAUUGUAAAAGAUAUUGAAAUUUCUACAGUAUUCACUCACCACCAGAAGACUGUUGUGGUGGACAGUGGACUGCCAAAUGGAGAAAUGCAAAGGAGGAGGAUAGUGAGUUUCAUUGGUGGCAUUGACCUUUGUGAUGGGAGAUAUGAUACUCCAUUUCAUUCCAUUUUCAGGACUUUAGAUACAGCGCAUUACAAGGAUUUUCAUCAGCCUAAUUUCGCCCAUGCAUCAAUUGCCAAGGGAGGACCAAGGGAGCCUUGGCAUGACAUUCAUUGCCGGUUAGAAGGGCCUGUUGCUUGGGAUGUACUUUCCAAUUUUGAGCAGAGGUGGAGGAAACAAGGUGGGAAUAAAGACUUGCUUCUUCAACUUAGAGAAUUUGCUGACAUUUUUAUUCCUCCAUCUCCUGUUACUCUCCCUGAAGACCGCGAAACAUGGCAUGUACAGUUGUUCAGGUCCAUUGAUGGUGGAGCUGCUUUUGGCUUCCCUGAAGCUCCUGAAGCUGCAGCCGGAGCUGGUCUUGUCAGUUGGAAGGAUAAUAUAAUUGAAAGAAGCAUUCAAGAUGCUUAUAUUAAUGCCAUUCGGCGAGCAAAGAAUUUCAUUUAUAUAGAAAACCAGUACUUCCUUGGAAGUUCGUUUAGCUGGAAGUCUAAUGGCAUAAAGGUUGAGGAGGUUGGUGCUUUGCAUCUUAUCCCAAAAGAACUGUCGUUAAAGAUUGUAAGUAAGAUUGAAGCUGAAGAAAGAUUUGCUGUAUAUAUUGUGAUUCCAAUGUGGCCAGAGGGUAUCCCAGAAAGUGCAUCUGUUCAAGCAAUAUUGAAUUGGCAAAAUAGAACAAUGGAAAUGAUGUAUAGUGACAUAGCUGAAGCUCUCAAUGCCAAGGGACUUGACACAAAUCCAAAGGACUACUUGUCAUUCUUUUGCCUUGGUAAUCGAGAGAUAAAGAAGACUGGGGAAUAUGAACCUCCCAAGAGACCUGAACAUGAUUCAGAUUAUUUUAGAGCUCAGGAAUCUAGGCGGUUCAUGAUCUAUGUUCAUGCCAAGAUGAUGAUAGUGGAUGAUGAAUACAUAAUCAUUGGGUCUGCAAACAUUAAUCAACGAUCAAUGGACGGGGCAAGGGAUUCAGAGAUAGCAAUGGGAGCCUAUCAGCCAUAUCACUUGGGCACCAAGCAGCCAGCCAGGGGUCAAAUUCAUGGGUUCAGAAUGUCAUUGUGGUACGAACAUCUAGGCAUGCUCGAUGACUCCUUCUGCCAACCUGAGACCCAGGAAUGUGUCCAAAAAUUGAACCACAUUGCUAGUAAGUACUGGGACCUCUACUCCUCUGGGAAUUUAGAACAUGACUUGCCAGGCCAUUUGCUUACUUAUCCCAUUGGAGUUACCAGUAAUGGAGAGAUCACAGAGCUUCCUGAAACAGAAUUUUUCCCAGAUACCAGAGCUCGGAUUUUUGGAUCCAAAUCCGAGUUACUUCCUUCCAUCCUCACUACUUAAAA